AUGAACAAUCCCAGGGCCACGAUACUAUGUCUUAAUCUCGGCAUCUUUCUCUCGUCAACUAUUCUCACCAUUGUUACCGCUACUACAUUCACGAAAUUGCAGAAUUUGGAUUUGAAUAAUGUUACGGUUGAUGAGCUGAAACAUUAUGAAAAGGUUCUCGCGGAAAACCUACAGAAAGUCCGUGGGGCUCUACAGGACAAUACAAAGAAUGGAGAGACGACCAAAGGGGAACCAGAGGAAAUGCUAGCGAUGAAUGAGGGAUCUGGCGAGGACGGAUCAAGUGAAACGGAAAUGGUCACUGAACAAUUGAUUCCGACUCAAGAAGCCAAAUCGGCAGGAACUACUACGAUGGCGCCGACGAAAGAGCCCGUGAAAUCUGACCCAACCAAUUCCACCUACGCCGUUCCACCUCCACAGCCGGCUUUGGAUGAGAAAAAACCACAAAAAAGUCACUACCCCCGUACCCCGAUCUCGGCCACCAUUCCCAAUCGGAACUCUUCAUUCUUCAUGGACCGCAUUGGAUCAUUGCGAAAAUCGCCGAAAGAUCCCAACGAUCGGAUAGUUGUUGUUGCAAGCGGUGUGCGUACGGUAGCUGCUAAAACAAGCGCAGAGGAAGCAACUUUCAAAUAUGAAGGAGGACAAUUUGAUCCGAGGAUCAAUCAUACUGCCGAGGAAUGCAGGCAACUUUCGCAAGCAGAGUUAGUGCAAGAAUUGAAACAAAAAGGAACCUACAACCCGGAUUUGAUGGCCUGGGAUGUCAUGGGCGUUAUACGAUUUCUGGAUCGAACGAUUACCGACCAGUACGAGUGGAAAAAUCGAAGCUCGGCGAAGGAAGUUGUCGAACGCAAUGUGGAGGCGUUGGCGAGGAUUGUGCACGAAUUGAAUGCUACGUGUGAUUUGAGGGUACCACAUGUUCGGGAUAAGAUUGCGAAUUUGACGCUGGUAGAACCCCGAAGAACAAUACUCUCCCCAGCACUCCGAAUGACACCCAAAAGACGCAAAAGAGAAAUAGAGCGCCUCGUCUCCACGCUUCUAUUUGAAGAACAGAAAGACGAGCAGCCGUCUAGUUCUUUUAAAGAAGAAGAGGCAAAGACCACACGCCACCAGAAGCUUGUCGGUGAAUCCCACAUAAUUCCAUUUGGUUGUGAUAAACGUGGAACAGAAGAAGCUGGUUAUUUGAGGUUAUGUGGCGCCUGUCAAGCUAUAAGAAGGUUACCAGAAGAUUUCUUCCCACCCUUUAUCAACGAAGUCACAUGUGACGUUGAUAAAGCUUGCCUAUACUUUUAUGAUUACCCCCAUGGUAAAUGCCGGCAAAAACAUAUGAAUUUUGUUGUAUUGCGGAAUGUAGGAUCUGCGAAAUGCCAGAUCUGGAAAAAAUUCAAUCUAAACGUUCGUGUUUCCUGCGAAUGCUUCGUCGACGAGAUGAGCUUUUUCGCUAAAUAUGUA